GCGAGCCACGGCGAAUCCUCGCGACCCGAAGGGCUUCCUCUGCGCGCUGUCUGAUCGACCGCGGCCAGCCGGCUGACCAACCGAGACACAGAGCGGUGCGGAGUGGCAGCUGAUUGGUUAAUCUGGGACGGCUCUUCCCACCGCCGCUGCGCGCGUGCCACCCCGGGGCCCCUAGCGGAGAUAUAAACAGCGGUCGCCUCUCCACGCGGUACUCUCUCGCUCUUCCCACGGGCCCGCCAGGACUACAGGCACGCGCACACAUCCAAGUAGAGUCGAUGGCUGCUGCGCACGCGAGUUGCGUGUGGCUGCUGCUGCUGCUGGGCGCGUGUGCGGCGGCGGCGGCGGCGGGAGCGGAGUGCGGGCAGGAGUGCGCCGCCUGCGUGUACCGCUCCCUGGGGCAUCCGGCCUCCCUCACCUCCCCGACAUGCUCACUAGAGUGUGAGGGUGGAUUGGACAGCCGGAAGCUCCGCCUCUGCCGGGAAGCGCUGUUGGACGAGGAAAGCCGAAUGGUGAUUGAUGAGGAUGCUGACCAACAGCAGGAACAGGAAGCGGGCGGCGUCGGCCCCGACAACGAGAAGACGACAUCACUAGAGCACCAACUGGCCAAGAAGUACGGCGGCUUCAUGAAGCGCUAUGGCGGCUUCAUGUUGCGACGCUCUUCCUCUUCCUCCCCACAGGGGGCUCUGGAGGAUUCAGGGAACCAGGAGGAGGAGGAGAACGUUCGCCUGGAAAUCUUAAAAAUCCUAAACGCAGAGGCUGAGCACGGGGGGGAGAGGGGGGGUCAAGGGGCCGAGGCAGUGAAGCGCUAUGGGGGGUUCAUGCGACGAGCGGGGGGCGAGGGGCAAGAAGGAGACCUGCUCGAGGCAGUUCUGGGCCGGGGGCUGAAGAAGCGCUACGGGGGGUUCAUGAGGCGCGUUGGCCGGCCCGAGUGGCUGGUGGAUGAUACCAAGAACGCGGGCGGCGGCAGGAUGCUAAAACGCGCCUGGGAGGACGACAACGAGCUACAGAAGAGGUAUGGGGGAUUCAUGGACUAGUUUACCACGGUUAUGACCCCCCGCCCCCCCUCCCCCCUCUAUUCACUGCCCUGUACCCUGGCCAAUCACCUAGUAGUCUGGACUUGUUGGUGUUUUGAGCGACGCCUCCCCCACCAGUCACAUUACAUCAUUUGGCUUUGUAAAAACGUACCUCUGGCUAUUUCAUCGUUUUAAUUGGUCUUGUAACUAUAUGAAAUAUUAAAAAAAAUACAUCUCGUUCAGAUCUUGAGAAAUAAUGUUUUUUGUUUUUUUUUUGUUGUUGUUUUUUUUAUUUUGGCUGGAACUUUUGGUCUGUUC